AUGGCUCCCUCGACUCUUUUCCUCACCAAAGAUGUCGAGGCUCUCGGGGCAGAAAUACCUUCAGCAGUCGACCAGGAGAAGCAGCUCUUGAGGGAGAGGGACCAGGACCAAGACCAGAACCAGGACCAGGACCAAGCUGUACACCGCACCGACCGGACGAGGCAACGACACAGACGAGCCAUGGCUUCCGGACGGAAACUCCUGCUGGCAGUGCUCGUGUGCUGCUUCAUGACUUUGGGCCUCGCCUCGGCUGGAUUCCGCCACUCUCGAGGCUCCUGUCACGAGGAAGCCGGCGAUGCCCAGCACGUCGUCGUCGAUGCGCAGCCCUCGAGACUGUCGUCGCUGCUUAGCGCCGGCGAGAUCCGCGAGCUCUUUGAGAGAUUCACUCCCGGCGCCAAGGGCUAUCUUGCGGCCACGGUGACUGUUAGCAGCUCCUCUGAGCCGGCUACGUCGAGCACCGCGCCCGAAACUACAACCUCUGCUGCGGUGCAGACCACGCCGACGAGCACGGCUGUGGAGACGACAGUGCAGACAACCACGCAGACCGAGACGGCCCAGGCGACCACCACCACAGCUAUCCCUACUCCCUCAGAACCAACAACUGCUGCUUCUUCUGUCUUCAGUAUCUUCAUCUUCUUUGAUUGCCUCCCUCACUUCCUCUACCACCACCACCUCCUCCGCCUCCUCCACCGCUUCCUCUUCGUCCAGUGCUGGGACGACCAUCACUGUCGCAACAUCGACUACCACUGCCAAGGAACAACUCUCGCGACGCAGACCUCGGUGCCGACGACCGCUGGCGCCAGUAGCGAGACCUCAGCCACAAGCACGUCACUCUCCUCAACUCUGGUAACUGCCACUUUCACCUCGACUCUCCCGAACGGCAGCCUCUCCGUCGUCACCAGGACUUCAUAUUCCUACGUCGGUGCUGCGGGGGUCACAGGCACGACGACCACGCCAGGGGCCAGCCUGCAGACCGAUGGUGCCGCCCAGGACAGGCUGCUCACGCCAGGCAUGGCCAUGGCAGGCGCUGGUUUCUGGCUGCUGCAGUACCUGUGA